AUGAAAUAUCUUGAGAUCCCCGAGCUCGGGCUUCUAGCUUCAAUGCUAUCAGACUCUUCUCAUUCGGUGCGAACGAUGACAAGGAUCGAAGCUUACUCCUGCAAGUCAGUCGCAAGCGAGCGCAAACUGAUGAAAUCAUUGGACCAGGAGUUCACCUCUGAUCUCGAGAUCUCCACCUCAUCAUCAUCGCCAGAGGCACUCUCGUCAUCCAAUGCGCUCGAAUCCGCAUUCGGAAGACUGGAUCGAAAGGACUGCCGAAAGACCUUCUGGCUCCUCAUCGCCACCCUCAACGCUGCUUACCCUGACCACAACUUCAGUCGGGUCAAGGUCGAAGACUUCCAGGCUGAAUCACCACAGGCCGUCCUGACUAAAAUCUCCGAGGCACUCGAACUCGAUCGAUCCGGUGCCAACUUCGCUUCAACCCUCGGCGCCCUCUCGACCUCCCCUGAAUGCAUUCCAAAGAAGAACUCGAGCCCACAAGAAGACUCUCAACCAACUACCAACCCAUCACUCACCGCCAUCCACCCCCUGAUCCGUCAAGUCUUGGACCCAGUCAUCGAUCUCUCUCACUGCGAGAUCUAUUCCUACUGUCCAGACGCCGACAGCGACCCACAUGCGGUAGUUUCGGACGACGAAGAAGAGGUCGAGAGUGUUGCCUCUUCAAUCUAUGGAUCCAACAGACACGAGCUCCUUCAACACUCCUACUCGACCGAUCCUGCCGAAGAGACAAUGUGGGAAAUUGAAGGUGUCGAUCCACCAACGUACAUCCAGCCCACGGUCCAUCUGGCCUACGGAGCACCCAAUCUACCCACUCAGACUAUUAGCACUCCCACCUCCCCACGCCACAACCGAGUCAGUCAUUCCGCACAUGACCAGGUCCACUACCUCUUGAACUCCCAUCACAACCUUCCUUCAUCGACGAUGGCCAAGGUCGAUCUAUGGGAGCAACAAAUCCCCUCAGUGAAAUCCCGUCGACUUCACUCUAAACCAUCUCAACAAUUGGGCUCAGUUCAGACAACUCAAUCAACUAAGCGGGCCGUCGACCGCUCUGCAGAAGCUCUCGAAUCAUCCUCCUCUUCGCUCUUGAGUCUAUCCAGACCUCAGAAGAAGAAGAAAUCGAUCGGGCCUAGAGCUUAG